AUGGAAGUAAUUGUCAUUCUGAGAGCAACAGGUUUCAUGUUGUUGCUUGUCCUUGGAGUUCCAACAAACCUCACUGUCCUGGUGUCAUUUCUACUCACAGGAAUGUAUGAUAAUAAACUAAUGACAACAGACAUUAUUCUUACAAAAUUAUCAUUUGUGAAUCUUGUUGUUGUCCUUUCAAGAGCUACACCACCAUUUCUCACAACCAUAAUCCAAAAGAAGUUAUUUAAUGACCUUUUUUGUCAAUUUCUGAUGUUUGUUUACCGUGUUUUUCGAGCGAUGUCCAUAUGUGUAACAGCUUUUCUGAGUUGUUACCAGUGUGUUGCUCUUUUGCCACACUCAUCUAGAUGGGUAACUUUGAAGCAAAUAUUUUCCCAGAAUGUGUUAUCUAUCUUCUUUUCCCUCUGGUGCAUUAACUCUGUAAUUGACAUUCCUGAAGCCUUCAUAUAUACUUGUUCUGAUCUGAACUCAACCAUUCCUAAAUACACUCUUAACUUGGAAUAUUGCUUUGUAGUUUUCCCUCAUAGUUUUUCAUACAUAGCCAAUGGGAUUGCUUAUACUUUCAGGGAUUUUUUAUUUGUUGGAUUUAUGGCAUUGGCCAGUGGUUAUAUUGUCACAAUUCUCUAUAGGCACAAAAAAAAAGUUCAGGGGAUUAGACAUUCUGACCAUAAUCAAAGAAACACUGCAGAAACAAGGGCAGCUAAAGCUGUUGUAUUACUGGUGACAGUGUACAUUAUAUUAUUUGGAAUUGAUAAUUUUAUAUGGAUUUACACUUUGACUUUCUCUAGUGUCGUUCCUGCUAUUUCCAACGCCCGUGUAUUUUUUGCCCUAUUGUAUGCUGCUGUCAGUCCUAUAAUAAUAAUUGCAACAAACAAAAAACUUAAACUCAGACUGAAAUGUAUAUUUCUUGAAAUAACAGGGGCAAUACCAGAUAUAGCCUCAGCUGUCAAAGAGUACUGUCGUACUCAUGGCAACUUUGCUCCUGGUUUUAGGGUUAUUGUUACAGGAGUAGCUGAGGUCAAAAACCCUACAUCAUUAUCAUGA